AUGAACAAUAAUCUUUCCCAAACUUCCGCCGCCGGCGACACCAAAUACAGAGGUGUACGGCGGCGUAAAUGGGGGAAAUGGGUUGCGGAAAUCCGUCUCCCAAACAGCCGAGACCGUAUAUGGCUUGGUUCUUACGACUCACCGGAGAAAGCUGCUCGAGCUUUUGAUGCUGCUCUUUUCUGCCUCCGUGGUCCUCAUGCCAAGUUUAACUUCCCUGAACAACCACUGCCCGACAUUCUUAAUGCUCAUUCACUCACUGCCCAUCAGAUUCAAGAGUUUGCUGCUAAGUUCGCUAAUGAGUAUGACUGUCAUCAAAACGACGUCGUUGAUGAUGUAGCUCCUCCACCCACUACUACUACUACCACUACUACUGCUGAGGACAAUUGUGGAAAUUCACCUUCCUCCUCUAAUUAUAACAAUGUGGAUUGGUCCUUCCUUGAUGAAAUUCACGAUCAUCACAACCCCAAUCCCCAUUCUUCUUCCAAUUUCUUUCCUCUUUACAAUGACCAUUUUGAUAAUAUCUUAACCAAUGAUUUUUAUCAAUCUUCCACCACCAACAACACCAACGACCUUUACGAUGCCGUUUCCGGUGACGACGACGACACUUUCUCCAAUCAACCCUUUCUUUGGAACUUUUAA